AUGGGCAAAUCCAAACGUGCUCCCUUCAGUGGGCAACCAAUUGUAUCAAAUGUAUUUACAAAACACUUUGAAUCAUUUUUCGUGAUUAAAAGAACCAAAGAUGAAGAAAAUUUUCAUACAGUUUCACCAUUUUUAGUGGAAAAAUCUAUAUCAAGCACUGUCGGAGAAGUUGUUUCAAUUCGAAAAUUACGUUCUGGAGACUUGCUUGUGGAAGUGAAUUCCCGCAAGCAAGCUCAACAACUGCUGAAAUUGAAAGCAUUAGCAACGAUACCAGUAAAUGUGAGUGCACAUCGAACGCUUAAUUCAUCCAAAGGUGUUAUAACCUGCGGUGAAUUGUUUAAUGUUUCACUGGAGGAAAUAACUCAGAAACUAAGCUCGCAAGGAGUGACACAUGUCCGUCGUAUUACUAUUCGACGUGACGGUAAACUUCUUGAAACGAAGCAUCUAGUUCUCACGUUUAAUUCCCCUAAGGCACCAGAAUCGAUAAAAGCAGUAUAUCUCAAAUUACCUGUGAAGGCAUUUAUUCCCAAUCCCUUGAGAUGCUUUAAAUGCCAGCGUUUUGGCCAUUCAAAGGCUAAUUGUCGCGGCAAGCUGACAUGUGCUCGUUGUGCUGAAGCUGGUCAUGAGAGCACUGACUGCACAUUAAAAGAAAAAUGCACAAAUUGCAAGGGAGAGCAUACCUCUUUCUCACGAGCCUGCCCCAAAUGGAAGCUCGAGAAAGAAAUUGUUACAACGAAGGUAAAAAAAGAUAUAUCAUUUCAGGAAGCCAGACGACUGGUGUUAGCGCAGACUCCAACAGAAGAUCGUAGCUACGCCUCCGUAACAAAAUCACUCAGAAAUUGUGAGGUACAAACAAAACCUGUAACCAUUUUAUCAAGCGAAUCCGAUUCAGACUUAAUUUCAAGUCCAAUAAAGGCAAAACCAUCUGAUUUUAAGAAAAGGUCACGCAUAUCAAAAGCCCAAAAGUCCUUGACUUUGAAAUUUUCAAAGAAAGGUGCUUCCCUGAAAGAUUUGAAAUCUCGGAAGUCGGUUGCUCUUGAGAUAGGCAAAGCUGGUCUGGCCACCAAGGACUUGCCUUCUUUAUUUGGGAAUCCAUCUAAUUCUGAGCUAUUAAAAAUCCAUCCUUCAGAGGAUGAUGAAGAUUUCCACAUGGGUUGCGAACAGUCGGCAACUCCUCUCACUGGCGUUGAUAACAGUCCCCCUCCCACUCAUUAA